UCCGUACUCCAAAGCUCGCACGCGCUGUAUAAAACACUCGAGCAGUCCGGACAACGCAGAGCACAUUCCAGCUUCAAGGUGUGAGGAUCUAACAAGAUCUGCUUUUGCGCCCACCAUGCGUCCCCUGACGGCCGUCCCGCUGCUGUGCGCCCUGUCGCUGGCCUCGGCCGCUCCGCUGGACUUUCUCAGCGGUCUGACACAGACCCCCAGCCAGGCCUCCGGGUCUGCCGCCGGUAACGUGGUCUCCGGGUCCAGCGGAGGGCCCCUGCAGAGCUCGCAGAUCGUCCAAGUCGGCGCCCAGGCCGGGGGAUCGACCAGCGGCGGCGGCGCCAUCAGCUCCAACUCGGCCAGCGCCUCCCAGUCGUCCGCGUCGGGACUGCUGGGAAACCAGCAGCUCUCCAGCACCAGCGCCGUCUCCGACCAGCAGACCCGCGACGGCGGACUGCUGGCCGCGCUGGGUCAGCAGCCGUACCAGCCCAACUACCAGCAGCCGUACCAGCCGAGCUUCCAGCCGAAUUAUCAGCCGAAUUACCAGCCUAACUACCAGCCGAAUUACCAGCAGAACUACCAGCCGAGCUACCAGCCGAAUUACCAGCCGAAUUACCAGCCUAACUUCCAGUCGGAUUUCCAGCGGCAGUAUCAGAGCCAGCAGUUUCCGAGUGGCCAGUAUUUCUAAUAUAAAGUGAUGGUCGUGGACUGAUGACUGUGUAUUUCAUUGGGGCAUUACAUAGAAUUACAUCGUUGCGUCUCCAUCACCUUCAUAUGUGUGAAUGGCAAAGGUCUGGCAGUCAAGUUAAAAAAGUCACACAUUGUUUAAAUCUGCGUCGAGCUGUUAAAAAUAAUGUCUUGUGGAUUCAUGUGUCACAUUUUUUCGCCGCUAAAAACAGAGACGUUACAUCGAGCUGUCCCUAUCCUCAUCUGAUGAUGGUUCCAAAAUUUCUCAGUGCAGAGUUGUACGUGUAAGUUGACAUGCCAGUUCAUUCUAUCAGUUGGCGUUGACCUUGGGCUGGUCCGUGCACGAGUGAAUAGUUGUUUGUUUUUACAUUACCGUUUGUUUGUUCUUGCAUUUAAGUUGUUGUUGUGUUGCUAUGUUAGGCAUAUCGAGUGAAGUUGCAGGGCCAAUUGUCACCCAUGAUUUUUAUACAAAUAAAGGUUCACGCCUCUUAA